UAUAGAAAUACAAUGUUUGCAUCAUUUCUUGAAAUCCUUUAAGCCAAAAAGCUCUCAACAAAGAGAAGCAAUCAUGAGAAUGAAAAGAAACAUGUCUUACAAGAUUUAUCUCCUAACUCUUCUCAUUGUAGCCUCACUUGUUUCAUCAUCAUUUGCAGCCCGUUGCGGUUCGUCCAUUCCAAUGGUGAAACUUGGUGCAACUGAUCAAAAUCAGGAAUCUUUAUAUGAAGAAGAUCAAAUUUUGGGGAGGGAUGAUAUUAUUCAUGAGAGGCUGCUAAGGGCUAAUACAAAAGAUUAUGGGCGAUCGGAUCCUGCACCGACGUUUGUCAAGCCUCCGUUUAAACUCAUACCGAACUAGCUAGCAUGGUUUAGAGAUCGGCUCAUUCGCGGUAUCAAUGAAAUUAGCAAAGAAACUAGUGAUAUAUCCUAGGGAGUAUACUUACCUGUUGCACCUAUAAGUUUUAAAGAUAAUACACUCCCUUUGUAUAAAUAUAUAUUAUAUACAUAAUGUGUAUAUGUGAACGUAGUGUUUAUGCUGCCCAGCAAGCAUCAUGCAUGUAAAAUAUUUUUGAAUUAUGGAUGUGUACGUAUAUGUAUUGAUGAAGUUGAUCUAUAAACUAUAUAUGAAUAUGGAUGU